UGUUUUUAUUUCCGUUCCCCUUUUCGCACAAUUUUCUCUUUCACUUUUCACCCAUGGCUUGAGCUGCGUUGUCUGGGGAAAAUAUAGCAACAAAAGCAGAAAUUCUUUUUCUUCACAAAAUUUAUUGUGAUGAUAACUGAGGUUGCUGCAGUAGGAUUAAUUAAGAUUGCAGAGAAUUUGAAAAAAUAUCUGAACUUUCCCUGAAAACAUGUGACUGAGGAUGACUGUGCUGAAUUUUGUUCCUCUUUCCUCAAAACAGAGUUUUAUUCUGUUAGAUACUGAGCAAAAAAAAGUGAUUAUGUUUGGACUCUUUUUUUUCACUUUAUUCACCUCUGGAGUUGGUGAAUUUCUUUGUACGUCAUCAGAUCUUGAAAUGUCGUAUACUUUUUGUGAUUCUACGGCUCAUGCUUUUGUGUUUAAUUUGACACCUUGCAGCAUCAUGAAAACAAACAUCUGGAAGGCUACUCUUAACUGGAUUCCAAGAAGUGACAUCACCUUUUUGAAGAUUGUCUUCCAUGUCUGGCACGACGGUGACAGAGCGUUUCACUGGAAGCAUCUCCUGUGCAGUGGAACUGACAAUGAAUACUCAUCGUGUGAAACGCUGAAAGGAGAAACACUUGUAGAAGAAUUUGACAUUAAAGGUUUAAGAAUACAAUUUCUAAAGGUACUUUCUGACAUUUUAUAUAAAGAAAUAAUAAUAGUAAAAUUACAUACUUACAGGUGUAUAUUUUCUGAAAAGACACAUUCACCCAAACUGUAGAAAACAGAAGAGGAAAUGUCAGAACACUUUCUCAUGUUUGAAGUGAUGAGUCUAAAAUGGUAGCAUCCUUGAAAUGCUGGAUGUCCUCUGGUUAUUAUUUCUCUAUUAUUCCUCCCUUAUUUUAUAGAAGAAAAGACCAAAGAAAUCAGUUAAUGUCACCUUAGAAAUCAGUUAAUGUCACCUUAAUAAUUCCAUUUUAAUUGGUAAAUUGUGUUUCCUUUUACCUGUUUGAGUAAAUCCAUUCAUAUUUUUUCUGCCCAUUUUGUUCUUUAUUUUACAUUCUCUUCACAUGCUGGUCUGUUGCUCCCUGAAACCAUUUUUGAAGAUUUGAAAAGGGAUAACAAUAUCCAAAAGUAAAAGCAGUACUCCAGUGUUAAACCAAGAGCAGCAUCAGUCAUCAGGUUGACCCAGUCUCUUACAACACCUGCCCCAUCAGCUGCCUGAGCCUUUCGAAACCCUUAUCGUCCCUAUUAAUCCCUACAAAUGUCACUAAGGAGCUCCUACUAAUACAAAAUCUCCAGCCUCCCCUUAUCCCAAAGCCCAUGGGCCUCUAACAGUGUUGGACUCCAUCCAGCCCAACACCUCUUGUAACCCCAGAGCUGGUAGUGGAGAGGAACAUCCCCUGCCAUGAGCAGUCCUCCAAUAGAUGAAGUGCUUAUGGCAGACCUGACACUUCCCCAUAGGACUCUACUAGACCAGAGACUGCUGUUCCUCUGUACUCUGGUCAUAAGAAGAAAGUUGAGAACUAUUUUCUUUAUAUAUACUCAUGUAUCUGACUGUACUCAUGAGAACAGUCCAUGAUGGGAAUGUCUUUUUCAAUCCUAACAGAAAUCAUUAGAACCAUUCCAAGAAGCUACUUAGACAAGAGUGGGCAACACUGUGCACUAAUUUUCUUGUUUUUUUCUUGCUUGAUUUAGGGCAAUUAUAAUAUUAUUAUACAAGGAUUCUCUGAUGAUUCUGAGAAUAAUAUGGUCAUAUGCUUGAAUUUCACCAUGAUAGUAAAACAAGAUGUUUACUGAGUGCGACAAACUUUUCA